GACCGAGUUUCGUUUCCGAUGAGAUGAUCGCGACCGCGGCAAGCGUUGUGAACGCUUGUCAAACGCAGACUGGAGUGGCGACAGUGGAUAUAGAGGCGGUAAGGAACGGCGAGUGGCCGGAGAGGCGGCAACUAAAGUGUUACAUGUACUGCCUGUGGGAACAAUUCGGGUUGGUCGACGACAAAAGAGAGCUCAGCUUGAACGGCAUGCUAACAUUUUUUCAAAGAAUACCGGCUUUUAGGGCAGAAGUUCAGAAAGCGAUCAGCGAGUGCAAGGGGAUCGGUAAAUAUUUGGCCAAAGGCGAUAACUGCGAGUACGCUUACACGUUCAACAAAUGUUACGCGAAAGCAUCCCCGCGGGUAAGUAUUUUCGUCUUCCUUCGACGGAUAAUGGUUCCGAUGUCUACGGAGAAUUCUCUUCUUAUUCUAGACCUAUUAUCUAUUUUAACGUGUCAUCGGGAUUGUUCGGAACAAAGGAGAAACGAAACCAAAGAGAAAACGGUGCUCGAGAAAAUGUCUCGCUAAAUGGUUUGGUUCACGAUGUUUUACCAUGUAUGGAACCGUAAUCGUAUUCGUAUUCGUACAAGUGUAAACGAGUCUUUGUACAUGUCAAAUUAAUAAACGAAAAAGUUUACCAAUUA